AGCCACCGCGGCCCGUUCUCGUUCACGUUCCCAGUUCAGCGUCCUUCCCGGCCCCGACCCCCCAAUUCCCGUUCUCUUCCCAUUCUUGGACCCUGUCCGGUUUCUUUCCCCGCCCCAGCUCCGUUCCCAUUCCCGUUCUCAGCCAUCUUAGUCCCGCUCCCGGCUCCAUUCCUGUUCCCAUUCCCGGCCCCGCUCGCAUUACCGUUCCUGUCAUGGCGGUCCGCGCCAGCUUCGAGAACAACAACGAGCUGGGCUGUUUCGCCAAGCUCACCAACGCCUAUUGCCUCGUGGCCAUCGGCGGCUCCGAGAACUUCUACAGCGUGUUCGAGGGGGAGCUCUUCGGGACCAUACCGGUGGUUCACGCCUCGAUCGCCGGCUGUCGCAUCAUCGGCAGGAUGUGUGUGGGGAACAGACAUGGGCUGCUGGUCCCGAGCAGCACAACAGACCAAGAGCUGCAGCACAUCCGCAACAGUCUCCCAGAUUCUGUGCGGAUCCAGCGUGUGGAGGAGCGGCUGUCAGCUCUGGGCAAUGUCACCACCUGCAAUGACUACGUGGCUCUGGUUCACCCGGAUCUGGACAGGGAGACAGAAGAGAUCCUGGCAGAUGUGCUGAAGGUGGAGGUGUUCAGACAAACAGUAGCAGACCAGGUGCUGGUUGGAAGUUACUGUGUUUUUAGUAACCAAGGAGGAAUCGUGCACCCCAAAACUUCAAUCGAUGACCAGGAUGAGUUGUCUUCUUUGCUGCAGGUCCCACUCGUGGCGGGAACAGUGAACCGCGGCAGCGAAGUGAUUGCAGCAGGGAUGGUGGUCAACGACUGGUGCGCCUUCUGCGGGCUGGACACCACCAGCACCGAGCUCUCCGUCAUCGAAAGCAUCUUCAGGCUCAGUGAGGCUCAGCCAAGCACCAUCGCCACCAACAUGAGGGAUUCCCUGAUUGACAGCCUGACAUGAGCAGCGUUGGUUCCUACUUCCCAGACAGCUCCUAAGGAGUGAAGUGUUGAGCUGCACUUUGGAUCACAGACAUCCAGACCUUCUGAUGAUGUUUCUGCAGGCCUGGCCCAAGGAAGAGGCUACAAAACCAAAUUUUUGUCAUCUUUUGUAAACUGUUACCACAAAAACUGACAAAUAACAUGCAUAAGAUACAAAUAAGGAAUGCUCUCUAUCCCUUUGCUCAUUUCUUCAGCUCUGCUUUCUGUUUUUGUGAUGCCAAAUGAGCCCCUUAUUACCCCACAAUAUUUACUCUUGUGGCUCUUGGAUGUUGAUCGCUAGAGAUUAUUUUGCCUUAAGUCUUGCACCAGUGUCCUGCUACACAGCAAUUUGUUUUGGCACUACAUGUGCUGCACUCUAUUUCCACACUCCUGCUUGAGUGCUGUUUCUGCUCUAGGUACACAUAAGACCCCUUUGUAUGUCCAGUACCAAAAACACAGUAGUUUACUUGCAACAAAAUAAUUUAAAAGUCCUCAUCUGCUCUUUUGCCCUGACUUGUAGCUUUUCCCAUGGGAUGGUGAUUCUGAAGUAAUCAGCUUGGAUAAAAACAGGUUUUUCAGUGUCAA